CCCGACAAUGUCCCACUCCAGGAAAACCACCAUCUGGACUGUAUUUUGUAUACCGGCAAAGGAAAUAUGUCCAGAGAGGUCCUUUCCAAUAUGGUGACACUGUUAGAUGGUUUUGCAGUAAAGGAUUCACAGGGAAUACCAAUGCUGUAUGCCAGGCAAAUAGUACAUGGAGCAAAAACACACCAACCUGUACACGGAUAACAUGUGGAAAUCCUGGUCAACCUGCCAAUGGUCAAGCUAGAAAUACAGGAUUUGACUUUAAUAAGACUGUAAGAUACACUUGUAUCACAGGUUAUGUGAUGAAGAACAUACCAAGUGGUGUACUCACAGUGACAUGUACAGCAACUGGAUCAUGGUCUCAACCCAAACCUACAUGUCUACCCCGCCAAUGUCCCAUUCCAGUAACACCAACAUCUGGACAGUAUUAUGUAGAACGGCUAGGACAGCGUCUCUGGAUAGGUCCUUUUCAAUAUGCUGACACUGUUAGAUGGGUGUGUGAUACAGGAUUCACAGGGAAUACCGAUGCUCUAUGUCAGGCAGAUAGUACAUGGAGCAAGAACACACCAACCUGCACACGUAAAAGCUGUCCUGACCCUAGUGCACCUAUCAAUGGUAACUACACAGUGACUGGGUUGAAGUACGAGGAUUCAGUUACGUACACUUGCAGACUUGGCUAUGACAUGCAAAAUCAUCCAAAUCGUUCUCUUACUGGAGUGUGUAUGGCCAAUAGGAUGUGGUCCAGUACCCAACCCACAUGUGAACGAAAACCCUCCUACUGUGAAAGCUAUUCUCCCAUCCAGAAUGGCAACAUUAGUUGUUCUGGCCGGCGAAUCCAUGACAUCUGUCAGUAUCAAUGUAAUUAUGGAUAUGUAAAGGAGCGCACUUCUUCCAUUCGUUGCAUACCGAACACCGAGGUCAAUGGUAGAUGGUCGGAACGAGGAUCAUGCAGCCCAAUCAACCACUACUGUGAGAUUACGCAGAUCCAUGCACCACUCUAUGGUCGCAUAGAAGCAAACUCCACCCAGCUGAAUGACAUGGCAUACUUCCAAUGUGUGGACGGGUAUGAUAUGAAUGUCACGGCCGAGCCUGUGAAAUGCAUAGUGUUGAAUCAAACCCAUGGUCAAUGGUCAGACUACACCACUCCAGAGUGCUUUCUUCCGGCAUCAAUCGCCAUUCCACAACAGAAUGUUACUGCAAAUAUCUCCACCCAUGUUACUCUAAGAUGCCAGGUUGUCGGCACGAAUAUCACCCUCUCAUGGCAGAGUACCGAGAGUAGUGAGCACUCGUGGGACAAGUUAGGCUACCAAAUCACCAACAAGAGUAAUAUACAUCACAAUACGACAGAUUCUCAGCUGGAAAUCAGCAGUGUCCGCAGAGCUGAUGGCGGUACAUACACCUGCAGUGCUUGGAAUCCCAUUAGCAGAGCACAAAAGAGCAUCAGACUCAUUGUUCAAGAACCACCCGAUGCGCCCAGCAAUCUGAGUGCCAUGGCUGGCAAUUUCUCCCUCGCCAUGUCCUGGAAACCUCCAGUGCAUACAGGCAACCUCCCAAUCACAGACUAUACUGUCAAUAUCAGUGCUCACUGGCCUUUGCAAUUAACAUUCAGCGAAUCCUUCCCUGUGCACGAAAUCCAGAAAAGUGAGCACACCAAUACCAUCAUCCUACACAAGAACAUAACUGAGCGCAUAAAACCGUGGACGAACUAUACCAUUGCCAUGCAGGCUACCAACGGACUGGGAACUGGACCUGCCAGCAACACGUUCUCCAUCCGCACAGCAGCAGCAGCUCCAAAUGCUCGUCCAGGAAACUUUAAGUUUACACCCAGCAACGGAUCCGUUGUUCACUUCUCAUGGGAGAAGAUUCCUGAGCAGGAUAUCAAUGGUCAACUACUUGGUUAUGAGAUGCAAUACAGACUGGUGACAGGAGACAUUCGAAAGAAGAGGAACGUGGACUGCUCUGGUGAAUGUGACUGGACAACAAUCCAACUGGCAGCGAAUGUAAGCCGCUACACCGUCACUGGCCUGAAGAGUGCCCGGAAGUACACGUUUAGGAUCCGAGCCAGAACACCAAUCCCUGGCCCAUUUGCAAAUGUUACUGUUGAUACACCGUCGUCAGCACCGCCUCCGUAUGUCAUCAAGCACAAAGAGGACUUCCCACCCACAACAACUCAACUUACGUUCAGAUAUAGAGGUAUCGCCAGUGACCAGAAUGGACGAAUCACUGGCUACAGAGUACUUGUGGUUGACCAGGGCGCUAUCAAAAGACCUGACCUGCAAACACGACCAGAAACCGUGGAUUUUGCCACAAACAAGGACUAUUCACUGAAAUCUACAACUCCAAUGUAUGUUCUGUGGCGUGCGGUCACACCUCAGCCAACUGAAGAUAUAGUUCAAGACAUAGUUCUGAGCUCCCAGCAGGGUACUAACUACUUCCCUUUAGUACGUGGACACUACUACACCAUAGCUGUCCGGGCUUACACUACGAAGGAGCUCUUCACUCAGUCCAACUAUCUUGAGCCCCAGACACUUGCCGCGCUGCCAGAGGAGAAAAAGUUCAAUGUUCUUAUCAUUGUUAUCGUCAUCCUGCUGAUACUGCUUCUGGCGGCUCUUGUGACUCUUCUGAUCAUUGCUUGGAGGAGGCGCCAAGCAAAGAAGAGCGUUGACAUUGGCCGACUUCCCCCUCCAUGGAUGCAGGCUGAAGGACCACCAGGUAUUGGAGGCGCUGGUAAUGAAAAUGCUCCCGCACCUGCACCUGGUGCAUUUGAGUUGCAGAAUCUCCGAACUCCUGCAGGACAACGCAAUCCUGUUCCCAGGGAUGCGUUUGAGAUGUACACUGUGGAGAUGGGACGCAAUGACGACAUGCAGUAUUCCCAAGAGUACAAGCUCAUUCAAGAAACCCUCUCUCCAAAGCAUCCAGCCACUGUUGGAACCAGGCAGGUCAAUGCUAUCAAGAACCGGUACUCCAACAUCAAAGCCUACGACCAUACACGUGUGCAACUGUCUCUGGUUGACGGUGAUGAGAGCACUGACUACAUUAAUGCCAACUACCUACCGGGAUUCAGUGGAGAUCAGGAGUACAUAGCAGCCCAAGGACCUGUGGUCGGUACUGUACCUGACUUUUGGAGAAUGGUCUGGGAGAGGGGAACACGUGUUAUUGCCAUGGUCACUAACUGUGUGGAGAAGACUCGUGACAAGUGUGCCCGGUAUUGGCCUGAGCAGGCGGAAGGCGCUCUACAAAGUGGCAAGAUCACCAUCACUCCAGUUGAUACUACAACUCUGGCGGACUUUUCCAUCCGUAACCUUGAUGUGUCGAUGAAAGGUGAAGAGCGACGGCGUAUUCAACAUUUCCACUUCACGACGUGGCCCGAUCAUGGUGUGCCUGCUCAGUGUGCUCCACUGCUGACGUUUAUCAGGCGGAUGCGUUCGGCCAAUCCGGUGGACGCUGGUCCAAUUGUCGUUCACUGCAGUGCUGGUGUUGGUCGCACGGGUACGCUGAUUGUGAUAGACACACAGCUGCAGAGACUGGAACAGAUGGGCAGCAUUGACAUCUUCAACAACACCGUGAAGUUGCGGGACAGUCGUAAUAUCAUGGUGCAGCAAGAGGUCCAGUACGUCUUCAUUCAUAAAGCAAUGUUGGAGGCAAUCCGAUGUGGCAACACAGAGAUACCAGCUGAUCAACUGCACUCCACCAUCAAGAACCUGGAACAGAUCAACCCAGCCACAGACAAGACACUCUAUCAGGAGCAGUUUGAGAGGAUUUGUGGCGAUACUCCGGCGCCAUCCGCCACUCAAAUCCACCAGCUGAACCGCUCUCCCACAAUGCGCAAAGUGCAGUCAUCCAAGUCUAGGACUGGAUCAGAUACAAUAUGUGAAGAAACCCGUGUCACAUUGGCAAUGUCACCAGGAAAAGAAGGAUCAGACUUCAUCAAUGCCAAUUUCCUAACAGGUUACAUGGCCAAGCGAGCAUACAUAGCCACGCAAGGUCCGAUGGAAAACACCAUUUCUGAUUUCUGGCGUAUGGUCUGGGAGAACAAUGUUCACUCUAUCGUCAUGCUGACAAAAGAGAAGGAGGAGAGUUGUGGAUCACCAGUGGAGAAGUGCCACCGCUACUGGCCAAAGCCAAAGAACGAAGGGCCAGAGAGGUAUGGGUCGAUAGCUGUCAAGUUCCUAUCUCAGGAGAGGUUGAUGGAGGAUGUCAUUGUGCGUAACUUCCAUAUCUCAUCAGACAAGGUUGAAGACUUCGACAGUCGUAAGGUGGUGCAGUAUCAGGUGACUUCAUGGAGAGAGGGAACAGUACCCGACAGGCCAGGCCUUGUGGUCGAACUCUAUGCUCAAAUGCAGCGCUACCAGCAGCAGAACUCAUGUGGCGAUACUCCGAUUGUAGUACACUGCAGCUCUGGUACAGGUCGCACUGGCACAUUCUGUGCUAUCUGUACGUCCAUUGACCGGAUCAAGACCGAAUCUGCAGUGGACAUCUUCCAGAUCGUCAAGGCGAUGAGGCAACAACGCUACAAUGUUGUACGCAACGAGGAGGAGUACCGUUUCUGCUUCAGUACCGUGGCAGCAUACUUGGAUUCCUUUGACCUGUAUGGGAAUUUCCGCUAGUCAAGGACGCUACGGGUGACCACAUAUGCAACGCUCUGAAUGCUUUACACUUUUCAAAAAUGCCCAUUGCAUGCUGCCAGGCCUUCUUUCACAGUGGUUCAUUUUCUCCUUCUUGAAUGUCAACUGAGGCAUUCAAUGCAUUUCAAGCCGGUGCCAUUCCUGAUUUUGCUUUUUAUCUUUUCAACGUAUUCUGAGAGCAUGACCCAUUGUCCAACACUUCAUACAUUCUUGUUUCUGUGUACUGGGAACAUUUGCUUGCCGUAUUCAGUUUUGCCUGCCGAGGCUGCCUUCAGACUGGAAGGGGGAGUGUACCUUUAUAGCAGCGUACAUUCAUUUUUUUUCCACUGGUACAAUAACUACAGGGCAAAACUGCAUCCUUAUGUGCAUUGUUAGGAGCAGCUGUUUUCCACUCCCGCCCAAGCACAAUUCAUCACCUGGGUGCAUGAGUAGUCUUUUUGAGCAGCUAUACGUGUCCGUGCUCCUUACAAAUUGCAAACAGCCUCUUCUUCUUUUUCUUGCCUCGCUGAUCAGCCGCACAUUAUUCGCUUUAAAAUUCUCUACAGAUUUCCCUGAAACUAGUACACCGCUACUCACCGA